GUUGUCCUCCGCCUUGCGUCUGUCCUGCCCUUGACAAUGCUACCCUGUGUAAACACAUGCUGCUGAACUUAGUCCCCGUAGAAAUCCCUCUGACUUCCCAUUUCCUGGAUCUUAGUUAUAAUCGUAUCAGGCAUGCCCGAUCUGACGUGGCUGGAUGUGCGAGCGAACCAACUGGUCAUUCUGCUGGAUCAGACAUUUCGAGGGCUGAAAGAACUUAGACACCUGGAGGUCAGUGACAAUCCACUACUCUUCAUAUCUCCAGGGGCUUUCCUAGGAAUGCCACUGUUGCAGAGACUGGGGCUGGAGAAGACCAAACUGAGCACUGUACCAACUCAUGCUCUUGCUGCUCUUCUACGUCUUUCAGAACUAAGGCUGGGUGGCGUUACCAGUACAGUGCUGUAUGAUCUCUCGUUUUCAGGGAUGCCGCUCCUGAGAGUACUGGAUAUGGAUCACUGGCCCUUCCUCAAGAAUCUUGGUCCACUGAGUCUGUCCGGACUGAAUCUUUCCUCCUUUUCGCUGACCCAGUGUAACCUAACCUCAGUACCUAAAGAGGCACUGGUUUCUCAAGUUCAUCUUCGACGACUAGAUCUCUCCCAGAAUCCUAUCACUAUCCUUCAAGAACAGUGUUUUAGUUCCCUGAGAAGACUGGAAGAGCUUCGGCUUUCUGGAGGAAGACUGCACUCAAUACCUUCAGGUUCAUUCCAUGGUCUUGACCACCUACGUCUGCUAGAUCUGUCACACAAUCCCCUUUGUUGGGUAGCAGAAGAUGGACUGCCCCAUCCAGGAAUGCUAGAAAGGUUAUUGCUUUCCGGUACUAACCUUUCAUGUGACUGCCGUCUUUGCUGGCUCUUGCAUAAAAAAAUUAGUUUUGGGGGAAGCCCGCCAGUCUGUGCAGCUCCUGCAGCACUACAAGGAAUGAUUAUCCCUGAUCAUUCAGAGAGGCUAUGCCCAGAACUCUUUACCUGCCAACCUCCUAGGAUGGUGGAACAAGGGACACAAGAGUUAAAGGUUAAAGAAGGUGACAGACUUAUCAUAACUUGUCAGAGCUAUGGGGUACCAGAGCCAUCCAUACACUGGGUGCUACCACAGAUGCCUUGGACAGGAGGUACUAAAUCUACAGAGCUGGAUGUGUCGGGAAGGGUCACCACAGAACUGCCACAGAACACAUCACCACUGGCAGCAGAAGUGACCAGGUUAGUGUGGCCACCGGCACACUCCCAAAAAUGGAGAACAAUAAACAUGACACUACUGAAGUCUGUAGAGAAUGCAGCAGGGAGGAUAUCCGUCCUACCAGGAGGCUUGCUUCAGUUUUUACCAGUACAGACCCAGGACUCUGGAUCUUACCUGUGUGUGGCCAGUAACUUGGCAGGUAAUGCUACAGCUUGGGUCCACCUGGAAGUGACACCAUUUAAUGGUAGCACUCUCCUUCCGCCACUCUCCAUAGUACAUACCCAUCUGCUGGCUGUUAUUACCGCGGGGGGCGUCCUGCCUUUCAUCAGCUCUGUAACGCUCUGCUUCAUCUUUAUCUUUCUUUGGAGCCGAGGUCGCGGGAAUAUCAAACACACGGCUAACAUAGACUACAUUCCCAGGACUUCUCGGGGUACCUCACCAUCAGAAGACAAUAAAUUCACCAUGAAACUAAUCUAG